GAUACAGUCACUCUUUUCUUGGCAAAUGAAGAUUUUACUGCAGUUAAUGAAGAUGGUCGAUGUGAUGGACAUUUUGUCCGUAUUCCAUUAUUACAUAGACAUUGUACUUACUUAUCGUCGAUUCAUUACAAUACGUUAUGCAUGUUAUGUGAAAAUACAAUAAAUAUAACUGAUAUCAUUCCUUAA